AUGCGCAAAGUCAGCCGUCUGGAUGGCCAGGACUUUCAGCGGCUGAAGCGCGACUGUUUGAAAGGGCAGAAUCUGUUUGUGGAUCCAGAGUUUCCUCCUACGAAUGUUUCCUUGUUCUUGGAUCAGAACAGAAGCGCUGAUAUCGUAUGGAAACGGCCAGGGGUAAGUGUUAUUAUUACUUUUUUGUAUAUUAAGAUGUUUUAUAACAAACUUUAUUUUUUGUUCAAAGUUUAAUUUUUGAUGGAAAAGAGUAAUUAAUUUAACAAUUCGUUACGAAGUCCUUUCAAAACAUGAUAUUUUAUGUUUUCCCAGCCACAGUUUAAUGUUUUUCCUUUUAUUCAAGGAUAAUUUGCAUAUUUGAUAUCACUUGUGUCGAGAUGUUUAGUCAUACUAAUGCGUCACGUCACUAUUGCGCAAUCAUACCAAGUUUUAUUUGCGAAAAUUUAACUGUCGAGACGAAUUCUUUUAAAUUAGUUUCAACUUUUGCAAAGUUGUAAGACAAGUUGUUUGAGUCAUCGAAUUCAGAAUUUAAUUUGAAUUUUAGUAGGUAUGACAAUAACUUGUGAAACAAGUAAAACUGCAAGGGAAAACCUAUCGAAAGUAAUCAAAUAUUAUUAGUUUCUGCAAGAGUUUAGCAAAAUUUUUUUAAACAAUUUUUUAUAAUUUUUGAAUUUUUUGGUCAAAAAGUUCACAGAAUAUGAAGUAAAACUAUGAUUACAGGAAUUAUGCGAGGAUCCUCGUCUGUUCGUGGAAGGAGCUAGUCCAAAUGACGUGACUCAAGGCAUAUUAGGAAACUGCUGGUUUGUGUCUGCAUGUUCAGCUCUUACUCACAACGAAGCUUUACUCGAGAAGGUGAGCAACAUACAAAGAUCAUCUUAAUGAUUAUUGUUUUUGGCUGCGUUUACAAAAUCGUAACAGAGCUUCAAAAAACAAAACGCUUUCUUUAACAAUUUCGUUUGAUUUUUAAAAUUCUUUUUUUUUUUUAAUUUUUGAGCUGUUUAUUUUUAAAUAAACUGAUAUUUUAGGUGAUUCCAGAUGCAAAUGCCCAAGAAUGGGGUCCCAAUUACUGUGGUAUCUUCUUGUUUCAAUUCUGGAGAUUCGGAGAGUGGAUUCAAGUUGUAAUUGAUGAUUUGUUACCUACAAAAGACGGAAAACUUUUAUUUGCGAGAUCAAAAACACCGAACGAAUUCUGGAGCGCUUUAUUGGAAAAGGCGUUUGCUAAGUACGUUAAUGUUUUUGUUGACAGUUAGUUAAUAAGAGGGUUAAAAAUAGGAAGUUGAAUUUAAUCUUGGAGGUAACAACAAGGUUUUUUAAACGUUACUUUAUAAAAUUAAAACAUAAUAAAAAAUCAUAAACAAGUUAAUUAAAUGUUUCUACCACUUCAGAUUGUACGGUUGUUACGAGAAUCUAGUAGGAGGUCAACUAGCGGACGCGCUACAAGAUGUAUCAGGAGGUGUAGCAGAAACCAUCAAUGUGAAAAAGUACUUUAAUGAAGAUCAGAACAAUACCCCCACCGACCUUUUUCGACUUCUGAGGACGGCAUUCGACCAGCAAGCAUUGAUUGUUGCUGCCAUUGCUGUACGCUAACGUGAGGCCAUGUGGCAUACUUUAUAUAAUAAUAGCUAAAUCAACGUUUUGUAAUAACCGCUCUAUAUUAUAAGCAUACUAGCAAGCAAUACACACACAAAGUUAAGCUAUACCUAAGUUACAAUAUAAUGGUCUUCCAUUUAAGGCACAAUCGAAGGAAGACAUCGAAACCAGUCUACAUUGUGGCCUAGUAGUCGGCCAUGCCUAUGCGGUAACAGCUGUGAGGUAUAUCCAACUAGAUACAGAAGAAGAAGCAUCAAGUUCCGAAGAGUUCGACCAUUCUACUGCCAGUCGAUUGUUCUCAACUCCACUUCGAAAAAUGAUGAUCCGACUUCAGAAUCCGUGGGGCGAAAAAGAAUGGAACGGACCGUGGGCCGAUGAUUCUCCAGAAUGGGAACAAGUACGUGUGCUAUCCUAUUAUGAUGUUUGUUUUUAGGUCAAUAGUGCACACAAGGCAGAACUGGGGAUUACUGUAGACGAAGAUGGUGAGUUCUGGAUGCCGUGGGAUGAAUUCAUCAGGUACUUCACUGAUAUCAGUGUGUGUCAGCUGUUCAACACAAACGCUGCCAGGAAAUCAAAGGCGUUCCAGUUGAGGUAUGAUGAGUUCAUAGCUUUCGAUCGUUGGACUACAAAUGAUGUUAAACUUGGAGCUCCAAACGACCGUGCUGGAGGAUGUGCCAACUUUCCUGGGACCUUCUGUCUGAAUCCACAAUACUGUUUUGACGUGAAGCAUGCCCAAGAAGUUAUGUUGGCAUUGACUCAAAAAGAAGUACCGCCAGCUGCCGGAAAGCAGAGGGAACCCUUCAUUACAAUUGGCAUGCAUGUUAUGAGAGUCGAGUGUAACCGGAAACAUAGGAUACAUCAGGUACAGCGCAUUUAUAUUAUAAAAUAUUUAACUUACCUCGAAGAAUAACUAUAUUCCAAUUUAAAAUAGAAAACAAAAUAAUAAUAUAUUAACUCCCUUUAGGCAAUUAAUCCGAUCGGCACUUCUGAUUACGUUGGAUCUCGUUCUGUUUACCUGCAUUUGAAAGGAACCACGCCCGGGCGAUACAUAGUAAUACCUACAACAUACGCUCCUCGAGAACAAACUGAAUUCAUGCUCAGAAUCUACAGCUCGGAGAAUCUGCGACCACACCUUCUUGACGAUGACUUUCCUAUAGUCGGUAAGAGCUUGGUCACCAUCUUUUAGCCACUUUUGAUCUUUUUAGAAUCUAAAACAACCAUAUACCUUCAUUAACGAUUCUUUCACGCUUAUUCCAGAACUGUUUCGUGUUCGUACCUGCAAUCAACCCAAAACCGUAUCUCGCAUCAAAAUCUAUGACCUCCAAAUCCGAAUGGACAGUCCGAAACAUGUCAGUAUUGUAGUAACACACGAAGGCCAACGCCAUCAAUCUCCGCUUCAUUUCGUGGACAAAGAAGCCAUCUCCAUCGACGAAUCCUUCAUCCUCCAUUCCAAAUUCGUGUGCCAAAAGGUGGCGGUGGAGGUGUGGGCAUUGAGUAAGAAAGGGAUUCUGAAAUGCUUCGCCAAAUCCUCACUUACCAUGAAACUCGACAACGAUUCGGCCGAAGAGAUUCUCGACCUGAAGAAGGUGAAGGGGCUCGGAAACGAAGUAGUCGGCCGAAUCAGUUUGAAGAUCUCCUCUUUCGACGAUCCUUACUACUUGUAG